AUGUUUUGUGUUAUUAAACCAAAAGCAACGGCUAAAAUGAGGGAUGCAUUCAAAGCUCAAUAUACUAGCAAAGCAAGCGACGCUGAAAGAGCAUUUAAAGACAUUGAAUUAUUUGAUACUAAACAACAGGAAGCCCAAUCAUAUCAUUUUGUUUUUGUUCUUGAUGAAUCAGGUUCAAUGAGACCACAUUGGGACGAAUUACAAAAAGCAUAUAAUAAUUUCUUGACACGACGUCAUGAUGAUCAAGGUGGAGAUGAUCUCAUUACUGUUGUUCAGUUCGAUAGCAGCGCACAUACGAUUUGUUCAAGACAAAAAGUUGCUAGUGCUCCUCGUACACUUUCUAUUCAUGGUGGUGGUACAGAUUAUGCAAAAGGUUUGAAAGAAGCGACAAAAGAAAUAGAAAAUGAUAAAACAAAAGCAUCGAUUGUCAUGAUCUUUAUGUCGGAUGGUACCGAUGAUGGUAGUGAAAGUCCUGAAAAUAUAAUUAGUCAACUGAAAUCAAAAUACGCAAAAGAUCAUAAUUUCAUUUGUCAUACGAUUGGUUUUGGUCCAGACAUCACAAAAGGAAGUGAAGAGGAGAAAAAACUUCACCGAAUGGCAAAUAAUGGUGGUGGUGAAAUGUACAAAGCAGAGACAGGCAAUGAAUUGAUUAAGAAGUUUGGAGAUAUUGCCGCCAAUAGUACAACUAGCAGUGCACUGAUCGAACGCUUCUCUGAAAUUCUUUCUCGAGAUAUUAACACAAAGAUUAUGGUUGAUUAUCUAUAA